CAAAUGGUGUUUUCACAGUGAGUCAGUUUCCUUUCAAACACUUACACUGGCUUUGUGUGGGAUGUGUUUUAUCCAACAGCCACAUCAGACAUGUGGUGGACAAACUGAAUCACAUGACAUGAAACCAGGAUGUUUACCAGACAAGGAAAGGUUGAGUUGUACUUUUAACAUGCUUCUUUCAGUUUUUGAAGUCUUGUUUCUGUUUCUGCUUUCUCACUCAAUUCCCCAGACAGCACUAAACCUGUGUGUGUGUGUGUGUGUGUGUGUAUGUUGUGGAAAAAGAAUGAGAGAUCCUCAUUCUUUAUUUUAACACAGGGACCAUGAUGCACAGUGUUAGCACAAAGAACUCUAUUCAUCCCCUUAUAAUGUCAUUACUAUAUGUGAAAUGGGAUUUUGCUAGCAAAAGACACAGACACACACAUGCAUACCUCAGUGAUUUGAGUUUAGAUGUAGAGGGGAGAACAGCAGUAGCUAAAUCUUGGACUAUCUCACUCUUGUUUUUCCCCCUUCAGCCAGCUAGACGCCAUAAGCACGCCUCCACCAGCCGACCCACUUUAGACUGGACUGCCUCUAUCCUCAGUUUAUCGCAGGGUUUCAAAACCUCUAAAGUCUAAAACACGUUUAUAGGCAACUUGAUUUAAGGACAUGUUGUGCAUCACAACCGGUUGAACAUGUAGAAAAAAAUGGAUUUUAUGAAGCUGUUUGGCACCGUUAUCGCCGUUUUUCUCCACCCUGGAUCCACGUCUAAAAUAAAUGGCCAAAGGAUCUGUCGGCGUGGGACAGAGCGCCCAUGCUACAAGGUGUCCUACAUCCAGGACAGCAGGCGGAGGCUGACCUUUGAGGAUGCCAGGCAGGCCUGCAGGUCGGAUGGAGGCGACUUGCUCAGCAUUGAAACGGAAAGCGAGCAGCGACUGAUGGAGAGGUUCAUACAACAGCUGCAGGCUGGAGAUGGAGACUUCUGGAUCGGGCUCCGCCGCAGCCCACAGCUCUACAGGGCAGGGACCACAAACCCAGGUUGCCCUUCGCAGUACUAUUGGCUGGAUGGAAGCAAGGCUAAAUUCAGGAACUGGCACUGGGAUGAGCCAUCGUGUGGUGUUGAAAUGUGUGUGGUUCUGUACCACCAGCCCUCUGCACCACCCAACGAAGAAGGUCAUUUCCUGUUCCAGUGGAACGAUGACAACUGUAACUCCAAGAACAACUUUGUCUGCAAAUACCCAGAAGAAAAACAACCAGUAUUUACUGAGAAAGGGAACAAAGCACAUGCAGUUCCAUCUCUAAGGCCAAAUGUGUUCUCAACUACAGAAAGUGAUGAGAGGAUAAAAAUAAGACUACCUGAGUCAUCAGUAUCUCUCUCAGACAACAGCCUGUAUGUUUCCUACAUCCUUUAUGCAACUAUUCCAGCUCUGCUGCUGCUGCUGAUUGCAGCUGCUGGGUUCUUCUGCUACAAACAGCAUGCUAAGAGGAGGAAAACAGAAACAGAAAGCUACCCAAGCAGAUCAAAACCGUGGAUGUCAAAAACAGCUUCACCCAAUGCCGUACAAGGACCUUACGCCUUUAGUGACAUUACCAAACUGCCUGACACUGCUCUGGACAGCAGCGUGCCGGCAGGCAUCAUGACAAAGUACUCCUGUGCUCCUUCCCAGGACUCCCAGUGUGACGAUUAUGAGAAUGUGUCAUGCGUGGACAAGGAGAGCGGCUUUGUGACCAAUGACAUCUAUGAGACCUGCAGAGCUCAGAACCGGCAGGCUGGUUGGGUGGAAAAUGAGAUCUAUGGAUAACACUGUUGAUGCCUAACUGAUCUCUGUGAGUGUCUGUCAGCCUCAUACCAGCUAUCGAAUAUAACGCAGCUAGACAGAGGAACACAAUGUUCUCCAUCCUUUUCUUCCUGCACACCCUACUGGUUACUUGUGUUGUGCAGGAUUACUUAACACGUGGCUGUGUCGGCCUGGAUUUAGACCUAUAUAUAUUACAAUAACUUAUCACCUGUGUGUAUCUUCAGUGUGGCAUCCUGAGCAUCCAGCAACAAAAGCUGUAAGUCAGAUAAAGGCUUAAAGCAGGGUUUCCCUGUUAGAUAACAUUUAGGCCCCGAACUUCCCAGAGCCCCACCAAUAGAGUUCUGAAAUUGUUGAUGAAAUUGUAAAUCUGAGCACGGCAUAUUUUGGACUCUAGAGUAAUCGAUGAGUUAUAUAAAAAGUAUAAUAUAUUUUAAAUCCUUUUAAUAAAUAACAAGACCCGAAGUCUGCAGCCGUGCUUGCAGCUUUGUGAGGCUGUGCUAAGGCACAGCUGUGCUUUUAGCUGAAUGCGAAUGUCAGAAUGCUAACACGCUAACAAAGGCCAAUGAAAACAUGUUGAUCUUUUGCAGGCAUUAUGUUUAACAUGUUCACCAUCAUAGUUUUGUGUAUUAGCAAGCUAAAAACUGAGGGGAAUGUCAUUAGUUUUGCAGAUAUUUGGUUUUAAGUAUUAAAUGGUGUUUAAACUAGGAUAAGGGGAUCCAAUCCAAUAGUUGUUAAGACACUUCACUUAAAACCACAAAUGCCAACCUUAUAUUGGCACCAUAACAUUGAUAUGUAUUAUCAUGAACAAGCUCUCUGGUAAAUGAUGUGACUUCACUGCAGCACAAAGGCUUUGGUUUCAAAGAGGCAUUAAUGAAUUCAAAUAAGCAUUACUGAGUCAGGUCAGGUAAGCGGUGCAGCAGCGCUGCUAUAUUUGGCGUAGCGCAUUUCACUUUUAACCCUGAGAAUUAGUGCAAGUUUUGAGGACCCACGCAAGGUUACUCCUCUUGUAAACAAUCCAAACUUAAACAGCCAUUUUCCAAUCACGUCACUACAUAUUAUGAGGCACAAGGACAAAAAGAUCCUGUUGUCACUCUACAGCGGUGGAGGUGUCCUAUUCAGGGACUUUUCUCACCCUUUCUCUAAUCCUGAAGUGUAAGUCUUCCUGUUUGGACUCUGAUGUCAGAGAACAGAACUGUACAUGCGGAAGCACUGAUGACAGAACUCCGCUGACCCCAGUAAACCUCAAAGCUGUGGCCUUUCUCCGACUCCACCUGACUGUGUGGGAAACUCAACCCUUCCACUGCUCUGACUUUUUAGGAGAGACCGGUUUUGAAUAUGUCAUGGAUUCAUUCAACAGUGUUUGCUUGUAAAAGCAUGUGCAUACCUUGUAAAUCUGUAAAAUAAUCAUGGAAAUACAUUUGCUGAACACAAAUGCCUGAGCGAUAUCUGAGUGGGCUGCUGGGUCUGUGUCUUGGAAAGAUAUAGCAAGCCCAGUAAGGAGAGGCUGAGCGUGUUCUUCGAGAAUGUUAGACAGGAAAUGCCAAAAGCACAUCUGGAACUCUUACAUUCAGGAAGUCCAUGCGUGACAACGGAGGCCUUCGGAGCGCUGCUCUCCCUGCCCGCUUAGUAAUGCACUGCUAAACUGUCACUGCAUGAGCUGCUGCUUUGUGUGGAUGUGCUGAAUCCCAAAACAAGGCAUGAUCUUUGGGUGUCAAAUAAAGUUUGGUUUCAAGA